AGAUGAAGUGGAGUGUCCAACACGUCACCAGCAGGCUCUUCUUCCUUCGUCACAGGACAUGGCUCACACGAGUUUACCAAGUGAGUUUUCCUGGAUGGCAGCGACGACGCGAAUCACGGACCUCCCUGACGACUGCCUCGCGUGCGUGCUCUCCUUCCUCCCUCCCGCGCUAAUCGCCCGCUGCGCCUUCGUUUCCUCGGCUUGGCGCGCUGCUGCCGCGUCCCCCGUGGCGUGGGCGCGCGCGCUGCCCGACCUCUGCCGCCACCCCUGCUUCACCGCGCUACCGCUCGCCUCCCACCAGCGCCACCCACGCGCGUGGUGCCGCGAGCUGUGCCGGGGGUUGCUGCUGGACGGUGGGGCGUUCCACGCGCGCAUGGACCCGCGCACGGCGAAGCUGACGCUGAGCGUGAGCAUCGCGAAGGCGUGCGGCAUCGCGUGGCUGAACGACCGCCGCUACUGGCACACGGAGACGCGCAGCGCCACUGGCGCGCUGUUCCCCGAGGUGCCGCACCUGCUGACCGUGUGCUGGCUCGACCUCAGCGCGCAAGUCGCGCUACCGUUCCCCCUGCGCUGCGGGGAGUAUGACGUGGCGUGGCGCAUGGCGCGCGACCCCACCCGCGACGAGUACGAGCGGGGUGGAGGGGAGGGGCGGAGGCACGUGAGGCUGUUCCAGGGGGGUGGGGAGGAGAGCGAGGAAGACGAGUGGGAGGAAUGGGAGGGGGAGGAAUGGGAGGGGGAGGGGGGGGAGGAGGAUGAGGGCGAGGAGUUGGAUCCAGGAGGAGGAGGAGGAGAGGAUGGCGAGGAGCAGCUAGGGGGGGAGGGGAUGGCAGGUGCACGCGCUGGCGAGGCGGCAGGUGGUGGUGGUGGUGGCGGGGGUGUGGGUGGCAACCCGUUCCACCACAUGGCGAGACUCAUGCCCCGCCUGGUGGGCCGCGAGCACGAGGCAGACCAAUGGCACACUGAACAGCAGGGACAGCAGGGCACAGGGCAGCAGCAGGUGUGGGAAAGAAGGAGGGAGGCGUGGGGGCGCGUGCAGCAGCGGUGCUGGUUCAGUUGGGUGGGGCGGCCCACAUGGAGCAACGUGAGGGAGGAGGGCAGUGCGGGAGGGGGGGGAGGCGAGCAGAGGCAGCUGCGCAUCUCUGCUGCCAACGUUGCCAUGCUGCCUGAUUGGACCACCUUUCAUGCAGGCCGUGUGGUCAUACGGGGGGCCACCGCAGGGGAGGGGGCAGUGGCUCCUAGGCUGAGUGUGCGGUUGUGGGAGACGGAGAGUGGGUGGUGGAAGGAUGGGCUCUACUUCGAUGCGCUGCAGCUCACAGAGCUUUGAUUACUUGCAACGUAUCUAGACACCAUUGAAGAUACGACAUUAUAGGACCUUGCUGGAGCAAUUGUAUGUCCAGAGUAACACAAUAGUGUGGUGCUAUACCUGUCAACUUAUACAUUUGCUGUGCAUCUCAAGUUAUAGGCUAGAUGGGUUUGUGCUCUUAGAGAGAACAACAUCAACCCCUAAUAUGACCUUGUAUGCAUUGGAUGAUUUUCACUUCGAUA